AUGACUAACCAGUUGGCCAAGCUCACAGGUGAAUGGUCCACCAGUGUACUUCCUACCCAGACCACCUUGACCCACAUAGAUCCUACUCACAUCUAUGGAGUGGUGGAGACGUUAUUGUCCAUUUCUUCAGCUCUCCCUACGGUGACGAAGAACUUGGAUUUAUACCACAUGGCCCGUGCCGCUAAGGGGGCAAAAGCUUCUCUCCUGGUGAUUUCUGCUCAGUACCAAAUUGCUACAGCUACAAAUACCCAGAACUUGCCUCUCAUGACCCAAAUCAUCUGGAACGCCACCAUGGAACUUCAGGACUUGGAAAAGGGAUUCAAUUUGUAUCAGAUGGAUUUGAGUUUCCUUGCCAAUCUUGUAUUCGCCGUGAUUUUCGCUAUCAUCUUGGUUGUUCACAUCGGCAUUGGUGCAUGGAGAAAACAUGUCUACUUCAGCGUAUGUGUCUGCAUUGGUGUUGCAUUGGAAUUUGCCGGAUAUGUCGCUAGACUCAUGUCCAUUGGCAACUACUCGGACAAGGUGACUUAUUUAACCCAGAUCAUCUCCCUAACAUUGGCUCCAGCAUUCAUUAUGGCCGGAGUAUACUUUUUGCUUGCACAACUUUUGGCCAUUUAUGGUCGGCAAUAUUCGAGGAUCCCACCUCUCUGGUUCUCAUACAUUUUCAUCUUUUGUGAUGUCUCCAGUUUGGCUAUCCAAUCUGGAGGAGGUGGCUUGACUGCCAUUAGGCUCCAGAACUUGGAGUCCUUACUGAAAGGUACGCAUAUAAUUGUCAGCGGAAUUGCUAUUCAGGUGGUUUCCAUGACGCUAUUCCUCUACCUUUUCUUUGACUUUCUUUAUCGCAUUUACUUCCGUGCCAGUCCUGAAGUCAAGUUCCUGGUCCGCAAUUUCUUCAGCCUCAUCUUCCAGACUUCUAGAGGGCGCCGAAUGACCGAAAACCACUUGAAUGCAAACUACAAUCCAAAGUUCGAACACAUUUGGACUCGGAGAAGCUUCGGAUACUACCCAUUGGUUUUGUUCCUCUCGGUGUUAUUCAUCUACAUUCGCUGUGUCUAUCGUCUAGUAGAGUUGAGUGAAGGUUGGACCGGAUACUUGAUUACCCAUGAGGAAUAUGUCAUGUCAUUGGAUGCAAUGAUGGUGUUGAUCACAUGUAUAAUGCUUGCUCCAUUCCACCCUGGAAUCAUGAUGGGUGCCAACUCUGAAAUUACCAUGAAGGAGAUUAAGACUGAGGCAGAUUUGGAGACUACUGAGAAAGGCAGCAAUAACAAUUACGGCUUCCAGCAACGUCAAAACCAUCAAAGUCGCCAGGAUCAAUACCAAAAUGACUACUCCUACAGAAGACUGAUGGACUCGUUCCGAAGUGACAGCGACCUUGAAAAAGAUGAUGUCAAAUACUUUGAGAGACAGGUUUCGUCAUCAAGUGCUGAUACCCUGGCAUCGUCAUCACCACAAAUGGAGUCUGUUAAUGUAUACAAUUACCAUAGUCGAGUGGUCACGCCUCCUCCAGUUGCUCGCAAAGGACCUUUUGAAGAUGGAGGUAUAAUAUCCAUGCCAUACGAGUCGACGACAUCCACUCCAAGACAAAGUGUAUCCGACUUGAGUCGAGGAACAUCUAGAAAGAGCAAGAAAACGUAUUCGAGGCGGCAGGCGCUGGUUCCUUCGUUCAAUCCAUAUGAGAGAAUUCACGAAGGCAAGUUAUCAACUUAUGGGCCAUACGAACAGUACAGCACGCGAUUAGAAGAAGUUGACGAUGAAAAUCCGUUCAGCGAUGCACAUGCGGAUGUUGAAUCACAGAUAUCGAAUGAUGAAUUUCUCUUCACGUUCGAUAAUAAGUAG